UCACUCUAGCUCGGAUGAGACUUGGACAUUAAGUGUCUUUAGCAAAUCCAGGAGCCCUGCUUCAGUCCCUGGGUGUGGGCAAUUUGCAACUUAUAGCACAGAGGAUAUCUAGAAAAAGACAUAUAGGUCAUUGGUGGUGAAAUUUCAACAUUUGACAUCCAUUGUAAGGGAAAGGAAGAGUAACUGAGCCAAGAGCACACCGAUAUGACAAAGUUGAAUUGUUUACCAGCUCGGUGGGACUGAAAGGGUCAGUACGUGAAACAGAAGUGGUGGUGUUUCUCAUUUAGGCCUACAGAAUAUAAUUAGGCCAAAUCCAAAUCCUCACCUGGGAAGACAUCACCAGACCAUGAAGACCUCCGGGAUUUCACUUGACCUGAGUGUAGCCGAAUAUGGAGUCACACUGGACCCUACAUACACCAUGCUAGAGUUUGGCGGUCUACGCGUGCUCCCUGAACAAACAGACCUAAUACCUCACCCCGUGCCUGCAUCAGAACCAGUGCCUUUGCUGCAGCAUAGCAGUGUAAACCUCUGCGCUAUCUGCGCAGACAGGGCAACAGGGAAACAUUACGGUGCAUCUAGCUGUGAUGGCUGCAAGGGUUUCUUUAGAAGAAGUGUACGCAAGAACCAUGCCUACACAUGCAGGUUCAGCAGACAGUGUGUAGUGGACAAAGACAAAAGAAACCAAUGUCGCUACUGCAGACUUCGAAAGUGCUUCAGAGCCGGCAUGAGGAAACAGGCUGUUCAAAAUGAGCGUGACCGUAUCAGCUGUCGCAGAGAGGGCCAAGGGGUGGGAACGCUCACCAUCGAUGUGUUGCUGCAGGCAGAGGCCAGCAAUCAUCAGCACCUCUCCCUGAAUCCCAUGAGGAACAUCAACACAAAGAAGAUAGCCAGUGUGGGUGAUGUGUGUGAAUCCAUGAAACAGCAACUCCUCCUCUUAGUGGAAUGGGCAAAGCGCAUCCCUGAAUUCCGUGAGCUUUCCGUGGAUGACAGAGUUGUGCUGUUGAGAGCUCACUCUGCAGAACACCUCAUCUUAGGGGUGGCGCGUCGUUCACUGCCCUACAAUGAUGUCAUCCUGUUGGGAAAUGACUUCAUCAUUCCUGUGAGAGGGACCGAGCAGGAGAUGUCCAAGGUAGCAGCUCGUAUCUUGGAGGAGCUAGUGAGACCUCUGAAAGAGCUCAGCAUCACAGACACAGAAUUUGUCUGUCUCAAAACCAUUGUCUUCUUUGCCCCAGACUGCCCUGGACUACAUUGUACCCAGGCAGUGCGCCAGUUGCGAUUCCAAGCCCAGGUGUUGUUGGAUGAGGCCACUAGUGAGCAGCGAGGACGAUUUGGGGAGCUACUGUUGCUGCUGACCACACUUCAGAGCGUGGCCUGGCAGAUGGUGGAGCAGCUGCAGCUAAUGCGUCUUCUGGGCAAGGCCAGCGUGGACAGCCUGUUGAUGGAGAUGCUACUGGGAGAAGAGGCAGCCAGAGGAUCUGAAUCACUGCAGGUCUCAGAGUCAAAUCCUGAGCCAUUUAUAUUCUCUACAUCUACAGAGCCAGUCCUCUCUAGAGAAAUACUGACAGAGCACAUCCCACUGCCUAACUUCACAUCAGUGAUACUCCCUGUACCCUCUUCUCUGCCUGAAGAGCCCUUGCUACACACACACGCUGGGCCUGAGGUCUACACACAUGGACAAGCAGCAGACAUGCCAAAAGAAAUGGCCAACAGCCUCGCCAUGCCAACUGUCCACACAUGCCUUUAACCACAGUUACUGAGAAGUCAUAGACACUUGUGUAAAGGUUCUCAGUUUUACAGACACUAACUUGACAUACUUCUGUUCUUCGCUGUAUUUUGCAUAUUCCUAAUCUAAAGUGCUUUUUAUAAUGUAUCAAAAACGGUGUGUGAUGCACUAAUAGUAAAAAAAAUUUACUGUGAGAGAAAAAUUAACAGCAGAUAGAACACUAGGUAUUAUCUAAUGAGAUAAUAGCAAAUGAUUGUCUAAUUUAUUGAAUGGUGACGUGGCAGGGGAACGUGCAUAAACAUCAGAAUCCAACAAAUCUCCAGGGUUCAUGGUUCAAUCAGAUACAAAAUACUCAUGAGGGUUGGUCACUAAUUGCCUGAUUUCUUUACGCUGUUAUAGUCUCAAAUAUCAAUUAGAGAUCGUCUGUAUGCCUAAAUAUGUUCUUGUCCCAUAUCAAGUUUCUGUCUGUUUACAAAUGGUCAACAAUCAAGGGUAGAAGAGUAGCAUUUUUGCUAAUUUUAGACUUAAGUUUAGUCAAUAUCUCUUUCAGUAUCUUUUUUAUUCACUCAUUUACUUUGUUCACUCAUGAAAUGGAAAUUUGCCUAAUGCUAGUUCCCUCCAAUCAUCUAUUGACAAACAGUGCUUCAGCUAUGACUGUGAACACUCUAGUUAGCAUAACAUAGACUAUUAGCCUACAUUCACACAACCUUUCACAAGAGGGCGCCAAAUGCCUACCAAGAUCCAGAAAAUGCAGCUUUCCUUGUGACAAGACUGGUUAUUGGUAUGUUGUCUUACAAUAUAUAGUUUCCUUUUUCUGGCCUGGAUAAACAGUUACAAAGUGAGAUUAGCCCCAUACAAAAACCUAAUCUGCACAAAUGUAAAAUAAGUGCAGAGAAGAGACCUACCAUCAUCCUAAUUUAAUCACUGCAAAUAUUAGCAUUUAAAUAACUAAAUAUGAAGUUGCUGUGUUGUGUGGCUGUUUAUGAGCCUCUCUCUCUCUCUCUCUCUUUAGUGAUUUCUACCUCCCCCAAAAAGUUAAGGGUAAGUUAAAGUUGACAGGCAUGAUGGUUCUGUUCACUUGGGUCAGGCGGGAUAGUCUGACUCAUCAGAACAGAGAGGCUUAGUGGGCAGCUAUAGGUCAGUAAAGAAAUGGAAGAAAUAUUUGCCCCCCUGGCAACAGUAGCCACAGCAAGUAAGAGUAUCUGUCCAAAUACCUUGAAACAGUUCCAGUUUUUAACACUUAUUCAAUAAGCCUCUUUUCUUUCUUGCCUUUGUUUUAAACCACUGAUUUCAUAAACGCAUAAACUAACCGUAACAAAUGGAUGAGUAAUGCUCCCAUUGCACCAAGUUCAAUAAAUUUUUCUUUCAAUUGUGGAGAUAUAUCACCAGCUAUUAAAAAGCUAGCUCAAUGUCACAACGGAAUUGCCAUAGGCACUGCAGACAAGGGCGUAGCCAGGAAAUAACUUUUGGGUGGGCCUCAACAAAAAUGCAUGGGCAAAGUUUUCACCCAGUUUAUUUUACAAAAUUUUCCUUACCAACAGAGAAGCGGCACAUUCGAACAGUUCUUUCACACAUUCAGAAAUCAGAAUUUAUGAUUUUUUUUUAACUAUUUUAUAUUUGAAGUCAAAGAAUAAUCUCUAAUAUUCUGGGUGGGCCUGUGCCCACCCAAAUUAGACCCAGCCCACCCUUUGCUAUGCCACUGAUUGCAAAAUCAUAAGAGUACAGUACUGUUACUGGAAAACACUUGGGGUCCAUACAUUAUCUGAAAAUAUUUCAUCACAUUUGUAGGUAGGUAUGUGAAUAAUAAGAAAACUACAGAAAAAGCACUGUAGUAACCUAUAUUUCAUCAGCCAACCCUUGUUACUUUACCAGUCAACUGUGUGUUUGUAAUCCAGUUCAGAUAUUUUUGGACAUUAUUGAUUGAUUUGGAAAGAAAGCACAAACUCUUAUGCAUUUGUACUCUGUUAAUUGUUCUGUUAAUUAAAACAAUUCAUCAACAGAG